UGACGAAGGCUUGUGAAGCUGAGAAGACAAAUUGCCCUCAUCAUUAUCUCUGGGCUUGUCAAUCAAACAUAUUCCCUUAUUUACCUCGGCGAGGAGAGAGCCCCGGGAGCACACAGAGAGGGAGGGAGCGAGAGGAGAACUGCUUGCCCCAAACUCUGCACUGGGGAGGGAGCAUUUCCAGCCCCUCGGGAUGGCCACCAUCACCUGCAAUCGCUUCACGGAGGAGUACCAGCUCUUUGAGGAACUGGGCAAGGGCGCUUUCUCCAUUGUCCGGAGAUGCGUGAAGGUGUUGGCAGGACAAGAGUAUGCAGCCAAGAUCAUCAACACCAAGAAGCUCUCUGCUCGAGAUCACCAGAAGCUGGAACGAGAAGCCCGGAUCUGCCGCCUCCUGAAGCACCCCAACAUUGUGAGGCUCCAUGACAGCAUCUCUGAGGAGGGCCACCACUACCUGAUAUUUGACCUGGUCACUGGUGGGGAGCUGUUUGAGGACAUUGUGGCCAGGGAGUACUACAGUGAAGCGGAUGCCAGCCACUGCAUCCAGCAGAUCCUGGAGGCUGUCCUGCACUGCCACCAGAUGGGGGUGGUUCACCGGGAUCUGAAGCCCGAGAACCUGCUGCUGGCAUCCAAGCUGAAGGGUGCCGCCGUCAAGCUGGCUGACUUCGGCCUUGCCAUCGAGGUGGAGGGGGACCAGCAAGCGUGGUUUGGUUUCGCUGGCACCCCGGGAUACCUUUCCCCCGAGGUGCUCCGGAAGGACCCCUAUGGCAAAGCCGUGGACCUGUGGGCUUGUGGUGUCAUCCUCUACAUCCUGCUGGUCGGGUACCCACCCUUUUGGGAUGAAGACCAGCACCGACUCUACCAGCAGAUCAAGGCUGGGGCUUAUGAUUUCCCCUCCCCUGAGUGGGACACAGUGACUCCAGAAGCAAAAGAUCUCAUCAACAAGAUGUUGACCAUAAACCCGUCCAAGCGCAUCACGGCAGCGGAGGCUCUGAAGCACCCCUGGAUAUCGCACCGUGCCACCGUGGCAUCAUGCAUGCACAGACAGGAGACAGUGGACUGUCUGAAGAAGUUCAAUGCCCGGAGGAAGCUGAAGGGAGCCAUCCUCACCACCAUGCUGGCCACCAGGAACUUCUCCGGAGGCAAAAGUGGUGGCAACAAGAAGAAUGACGGCGUGAAGAAAAGAAAGUCCAGUUCCAGCGUUCAGUUAAUGGAAUCGUCGGAGAGCACCAACACCACCAUCGAGGACGAAGACACCAAAGUACGCAAGCAAGAAAUCAUUAAAGUCACAGAGCAGCUGAUCGAAGCAAUAAGCAAUGGAGACUUCGAGUCCUACACGAAGAUGUGUGACCCUGGGAUGACUGCCUUUGAGCCAGAGGCUCUGGGCAACCUUGUGGAAGGCCUGGAUUUCCACCGAUUCUACUUUGAAAACUUGUGGUCCCGGAACAGCAAGCCCGUGCACACGACAAUCCUGAACCCCCACAUCCACCUGAUGGGAGACGAGUCCGCCUGCAUCGCCUACAUCCGCAUCACGCAGUAUGUGGAUGCCGGAGGGAUCCCCCGCACUGCCCAGUCCGAGGAGACCCGCAUCUGGCACCGCCGGGACGGCAAAUGGCAAAUUGUCCACUUCCACAGAUCUGGCGCGCCCUCUGUCCUACCGCAGUAAGCCCUCUGAAGCGUGGUCCUGCCUGUGUUGGGCUUGUCACUGACUGACUACCAAGGGGAGACCCCCUCCGACAUGUUCACCUACGGGACUUUUCCUGUUGGCUCUGCUGCUUGGUUCCCGCUGGAAUAACCCCUCGCUUCUCACCGCACACACUCAACGGCCCUGCCAGCGCAGCGCAAGCAUCCCAUGAAACCCCCCCCCCUGCUGGGGUCAUGGCCCUGGGCCCCCUUCCUCUGCAUGAACCAGGAAAAGAGAAACCAUGAACUUAAACAUAAACAUCUGGCUGGUGUACAGGCCCCUCUUCUUGGCUGCAAAGCACUGGUGGGCCCCCUCACUACCCAGCACAUGUCCUGAACUGGGCUUGGACUCAUCAUCCACCUCCAUCCCCACCUCUGCUGGAAGCCCUCCGAGGAAGAGGGGGGCAGUUUUGAGCCGCUCUGUGCUGCAUCCUCCCCGCGUGCUGGUGGAUUUUGCUUUGCUGCUAUCAAGGUCCCCGUCUGCUGCCAUGACUCCUGCCCACUCUUGACCCGAGUUCCCACUUCCCAGCAGCCUUGGAUGGGGAACCACGACUUAAACUGUUUGCAAAGUCCAUUUUCCUCACGCACCUGGGCAAGGAGGGCCAUGUUUGGAUGGGUGAGUAAAGACUACCUGUUUAUUUUCCCUUCCCAGCGCAGGCUGGCUCCUUCCCAGGAGAGCAAGUAGGUUUGCACGCUGGCUCCAGGCAGCUGCUGCACCAAGAGGGAUGCUCUCCCUCCUUCCUCCCUUCUCCCUUUGGAGCAGGGACUGGAGAAGCUGGGAGAAGAGAGGAGGAGAAAGACAACUGCUUCCCAGUACCGGAUGGGCUCUCCCCUCCAUGCUGGGGCAGUAGCAUCACCCCUGCGCCCUCCUUCUCAAGCUCUUUCCAGCCUGAAUCCUUUAUCCCAGCGCCCACCCCUGCCCCCCAUGUGCAGCACUGGCACUCCCCUGCUCCUGACUCCCAGGCUGGGACAGGGGCAGCUGAACUGGCCGCUGAUUUUGGGGCACAAACCUCCAUCGCCCACGCGACUCCUUCCAGCGAUGACAAGGAAUGCAAGCUUUAGUGACAAAACUCUGCAGAAUCUGAUUGUGCUUCGAAGAAAACAAACAAGCCUUUAGCUGUCUUCUCCUUUGAGCGCAUGCCUUUUUAUAGGGAAAAAGAAACCAACCUUCCGUGCAUUUCGUAACUUGAUUUUGAGUAUUUGCUGAAAUGGAUCUUUAUGUAAUAACUAGAAAUAUUCAACUGUUUAAGGUGGGGAGGGAGGGGGGAUUUUCGGGGGGUUGCUGUUUCUCAUUGCGUUUACAUUUGGAAAGGGGUCGAGCCGCUAUGAUGCUUCUAUCGGGAGUCCCACGGCUGCCAGCCCCCUCCCCACACCGUGGUGGCUCAUCCCGUUCUGUCCCAGAGCACUGGAUGGGUGAAGGCACCCACCUCUGGGGGCACCCCCCUCCCCAGGGCACCUUCCUGCACCCCACGGGUCUUCCUGCAGGGCAAACCACAGCGGUGGCUUUUGGAGGGCCACCGGCGCGUGGCUUUCGGGACAGAAGACAUGUCCAGGAUGAGGAAUUUUGGUCUCACCUCUUUGCCAUCGGGUAGAGGUCUGAGGGUGGGUGAUUUUCCGGCAGUUCUUCCGUUUCUCAUUCUCUUUUUCCGACUGGAGCCUCUUUGCUCAUUGACGUGAGGCUCCUGCAGCGCUGCUGCCCUGGGGGACUUUCUAGCUCCACUCUCUGCAUCUGCAUGGCGUUUAACUUUCUAGAUGGUGCGUGUGUUGAAAAACAAAGAAAUGAACAAAAAACUGCUUGUUUUGGACAUAAGGAAAAAAAAAGAAAAAGAAAAAAAAAAAGGAAAAAAAAAAAGAAAAGAGGAAAUGUUUCCUCCAUGUAAA